AUGGCACCCGUACAGUCCAAGAGUCAGAAUUCCGGUCUGGGUAACCGGAACCUCCUCGACAAGAUUGACAAGUUGAGGGAACUCGGAAUCUCUAAGCAAGUUGCUCUUCCGCAGCUUGUUGUGGUGGGAGAUCAGUCUUCCGGCAAAUCCAGUGUUCUGGAGUCUCUCACGGGGUACUACUUCCCUCGUUCCGUGGGUCUCUGUACUCGUCAUGCCACCGAGAUCGUAUGCCGCCGAGAAGCCACGAUAAGCAUCAUCGUCACAAUCCAGCCGUUCGAGGCGACCCCAGAGAGAGCCGAGCUUGCCAAGUCGUUCCGGCGUGAGCUUCGUGACUUGAAGGGUCAAGAGUUUGCAGAUGUACUCAAGGAAGCCGCAAAUGUCAUGGGUCUGAAGACUUCCAUCGAUGGUUCCUCUGGGGGAGCUGCUUUCAGCAAAGAUGUUUUACGUGUUGAGAUAUGCGGUCCUGACGAAGAGCAUCUGACUAUCAUUGAUGUGCCCGCAUUUCCAGGCGUUUCGACUGCCAACGACGUUGCCUUGGUCAACUCCAUGGUCAAGGACUACAUCAAGGACUCCCGAACGAUCAUACUUGCCGUGAUCCCAUGCAACGUGGAUGUUGCAACCCAAGCCAUCCUUACCUAUGCUGCCGAGGCAGACCCCGAGGGCAAGCGCACCCUGGGCGUCCUGACCAAGCCUGAUCUCGUCAACGAGAAUGCCAUACGUGAAGCGGCGAUGGAUCUGAUCAGGGGCAAGAGACGAGAUAUCCAGCUGGGCUACUACGUUGUCAAGAAUCGCGGCGCCGACGAUACCUCGUCUAGCAAAGAGGAGCGGGAUUAUCAGGAGAAGGUCUUCUUCAGCGAGGACCCCUGGUGCAAGCUCGACAAGUCGCGCCUGGGAAUCCCAGCCCUCCGAAAUCGCUUGCGUGAGCUCCUUAUGGACCGUACCAAGAGCGAAUUUCCCAAAGUGCGCCGUGAGAUCAACGAACGCCUCACUGACGCCAAGGCUCAACUCGAGGCUCUGGGCCAGUCCCGGUCCACGGCUGACGAGCAGAGAGUCUAUCUCGGCAAGAUUGUCAGUCGGUACGUUCAGCUCCGGGACUUCAGUCUGAACGCCUAUUACACCGGCGAUACCCUUUUUGAGAAACAUUCCGAAUAUCGCCUGGCGACCCGGAUUCGUGAGGCUAAUUCGGCUUUCUCUCUGAUGUUCUACAACAGAGCUCAUACCCGCCGCUUCGAUAAUCUGGAUGAAGAUGAAAAGAUCGAGAAUCAAGGCAACGAAAUUGGCGCCAAGGACGAAGACGAGGAUGUCAGCAGAAAUGACCUGUACGACAUAGAGUUUGUGAUACCGCCGGACGAGUUCGGUGAAUUGGAUGCAGUCUUGUCAGAGCCCUGCAAGUGUGCGGCACCUCAAAACGAGAACAUCAUGAAGCACCUCGAACAGCUAUACCUUGCAUCUCGUGGCUUCGAGCUGGGCACUGUCAACAACCACCUGCUCCCCACAGCGUUCAAGGAGCAGUCGAAGAAGUGGGAGUCCGUUACUUUGGCCCACGUCAGCAACGUCAUCCUUGUUGUCCACCACUUCAUCUACGGGGUGGUCAAGGAGGCCUGCGGGGAUGGACCGGUCCUUGAGGCGCUUUGGUCCUCGAUUGUUGAGGACCUCGUCAAGUGUUACCAGAAGGCCAUGCAACAGGCGAGAUUACUUAUCCACGUGGAGCGAGAGGGCCGCUCCAUCACGUACAACCCGGCAUUCGACAGAGCACUGGGUCAAGUCAAGGCCAAGAGAUCUGCAAUCAAGUACAAAGGCCACAAGCAAGCUGGCUAUGAACCUGACGAAGACAAGGUCUGUUAUAGCGAACUGACGAGGGAACCGACCAGUACCGAAAGAAUGAGCGAAACGUGCAACACCAUCCAUGACGUCCUGAAGUGCUACUACGACAUCGCCAGCGCUCGAUUUUCUGAUACCGUUUGCGCUCAGGUCAUCGACUACUUCCUUCUCAGUGCCGAGACCAGCCCUCUGAGAAUCUUGUCUUCGAACCGUAUCCUUAAGAUGACGGCCGAACAGUUGGAAAUGGUGGCAGGCGAGGACGCUGUGAGCAAGGCCACACGUGAGAUGUUGAAGAAUGACAUCAAGCUUUUCGAGCAGGGUAGAAAGGUUCUUCGCACUUAA